AUGCCGGACGAAACACCCGCGACUCCUGCCACAACAAAUGCCCGAUCCACACCCCGUGGCGGCGCCGCAAGACCGAGACCUCGAGCAGGGAUCCAACGGAAGACCAAGGCUGAAAGAGAACAGUUCGCGAAAGAGGAAGCCGAAAGACAAAAGGCUCGAGCAGCUGAGCAAGGGGGUUCAAAUCGCGGUACAAGAGGAGGAAGAGGGAUCAGUCGUGGAGGCAGGGGAGGCACUGCAGCCGGCCAAAGAGAUGAGCCAGUAGCGGGCGGAGGCGUCUUUGGCGCAGGGUCCGGUACAAGGCUCCCCACCAAAUCUAGAACGAGUUAUGAAGGGUACGGUGAGCUGCUGGAGGGUGGUGUGCGAGGUGCCGAAGAUGGUCUCCAGGACGCUUCAGCAUCGGGGAGGGGUGCGGCAACAGGCCACAACGGGUCCGGUGCAGCAGGUACCUCCGCAGGUGGAAAAGGCGGUUCUUCAAGGACUGCAGGGGACCUUGUGAUGACUAUGGACGACGAGGUCGACCACGGGCAUAAACGAGACAUCGAGCGCAUCAUGAUCUCGAGCGAUGAAGACGACGAAGACAUUGUCACAUCAACUUCGAGAAAAGGGAAACAGAAGAUUACGGGCGACACAAAACAAGUGCCUGGUAGAGGGCUGGCUCUGCGCCCAGUCCGUGCGCCUCGAACUGUGAAAGUAGAGGAAGGCCAGGAGGGAGACCCUGCGCGCCUGCGCAGCAAGAAAAGUCGCACGGCUGCGGGCCUCAAAGUGGAUGCUGAGACGCAAGAGCUGGAUAGCAAAAGUGAACAGGAUGAGGACACCGAGGAGGUGGACAGUGAGUCCCUCCAGUUCAUCAAGGAGCAGCCCUCCAGUCCUGAAAUGCGGAAACGCACGCUGAAAAAGCAGCUCGCUGCUGGCAAAGUCGGGCGGGAAGUCAAGGGACCCGUAACCGAGACAGGCGAAGAGCGUGCAGAACGACUAAGAGCCAUGGAGGACGUUCAGAAACUAAGACAUUCAUUCGUGCCAGCACCGGCGACAGAUACUAAGAUGAAGGUCGACGAGGAGGACGAGAGCGCGCCGACGCGGGAGGCAAUGGACAGACUCCACGAUGGCCAGUUCUUCCUCUUCCAACUUCCUCCGCUCACGCCCUUCCUGGUCGAUUCCGCCACCACGCACACGGGCGAGCCACGAGUCAAAAUCGAACCCACCACGGCCGUCAGCCUCGACGCGCUUGAGGAACACACCGCAGGUGCCGCCAACACCACCAUCGGUCCCGAAAUCAAAGCCGACCCAGACGCGCCUGCGAAAGCGACGAAGCCAGACCUGCAGAUGGACGGCCUGCUCACGGCCUUGGAGCCGACGCGUCUGCCCGCCGGCAUCGUGGGGAAGCUCCGCGUCCACAGGUCCGGCAAGGUCACCUUGGACUGGGGCGGGACCGACAUGGAGGUCCGCUACGGCGCCGAGGUCGAUUUUCUGCAGGAUGUUGUUCUCGUGGAGCCCGGGCAGAAGCCAGAAGAGGUAACCCAGGGAGGAAACGGGGAGGGAGAGGACCAAAACGGCGACGUUAUCGGAGGCGGCAGUGGGGGUGGUGAUGGUGAUGAUGAAACGGCUCAGAAGGAGAAGAAGGACAUCAAGGGUACAGCGUACGCGUUGGGCCCAGUGAGGAGGAAGAUGGUCCUGAUCCCGGACUGGGUCAAGUUAUACGAUUGA